AUGAAGCAAGCCCCUAUUCUCAUUCAUCACCCGCUGCCGACAGACGAGAGGGUGUCUCCAUGGCAGUCGCAGUUUAUUCGAACGCUGUCCGACACUGUCAACCACCUGUCGACCCCAUUGCCGCUAAGAAUCCUCAACCACAGCAACGAAGUCUGGGCUCAGGACUUUAUGGAGCCCGCGUAUGCCAGCAUGCCCGGCCGAGAUGGACCAAUCUCGCUACGGGUGCUCCUGCGCUCGCCCCAGUCAACUCGCAUCAAUGGCCGACGAGUGUUUGAGGAAUUCCGAGCAAACCGUGUCGGCGGGUGGCAGCCGGAAACUGGCGAGUCCGGGUUUGGGUGGGAGGAGAUCAACUCGGGGGGAAACAUGGAGACAACUCCCCCCAUGUGUCCCUCUUUGGUCACGUUCCUGGAAUCUCAAGGGGCUCAAGCACCGCUCUUUCUCGAGGCUGACUGGCUGGCGGCAGGCCACGUCGAUGAGAUGGUCCAGUUUCUGCCGUACGACAACGACUUGGGGUUCACGGUUGCGGUGCCCGAUACAAACGCUGCCCUGGAAAUGCUGAAGUCGGCCACGGGCAGCGGCCACGGGUCCUCUGUCAUUGGCAGCUACAACGGCAGUAUGACUCCCGACAACGACACGCUGUUCCUCGAUCCCAGCUUGCGAAACAGGACAAUUGACAAGCCGCUUGCUGAUGCGUCGUUUCUCAAAACGAACAGGUACGCCCAGGAUUACCUCGACGGGCACUUGGCGCUGCUUCUCAAGGAUAUCCCGCUUGCGCCCAGCGACGUCCUGCGCAUCCCGACCCUCUGGAAGGACACGCUGCCGGGACAGAAACAGCUCCAGUCUCUUCUGCCGCACGCGGUCAACGGCGUCGUGCUGGGAAAAGACUACCUCGCGCCCAAGCCGUGGGGACCCAGGAUCAACGAGAAGGAUAUUCUGGAGACGGCCGUUGCCAAGGUCUACGCCAAGGCCAACACGACGGUUUGGUUCAUCGACGACGACAUGUCGCAUCACGUCAGAGGUGGUGAGAUUCAUUGCGGGACGAAUACUCUCCGGGAAACGGGUGUUGAAUGGUGGAAGGCGAUCUGA